AUGCCCGCCGAGGAUGUCAGCGACCUCCGCGACGUAGUCGACGCGAUCAACCGCCUCUGCGAAACGAUGAAGACAUCCAACUACGACGACGUCGAAGAGGAAGAGGAGGACCUGGUUACCCCAGAACAGGUGGUGGUGCGACAGGUCGAGACUCACGUCGCCGAGAAAUGGAGUGAUUCAAUUAUAGAAGAAGUGUCCGACGCGGAACCCAUGGUCACAAUCUGCGAACCGAUCAGCGAGUAUUAUACUGCCUCUUCCGAGGUAUCGCUGGUCUCCGACGAUCUGUGCCAAGUGCCUAACGACAAGUGCAAAAUUGAGGCGAACUACGCGUCGUCCGAAGUGUCGCUACUGUCCGACGAACUGCCCCAAUUCGGUGAGGAUUCUGACCGUGACGAUAGGAACAGCGUCAUGGCUGGCCACGUGGCGGCCAUGCGGGAAAGGUUCGAAAGCAUGACCAGAACGAACACUCCAUGCCCGGACAUCAUGCGAUCCGCUUCGCCCUCGUUCGAUUUGUUCCGGAAUAUAACACCCUCGCCCGACCACUUGGACAAAUCGUAG